GAGUUGUGAGUUCUUGCUUUGCCAGUCAGUGAUUGGCAGCUCAUCAGUCAGACAUGACGGACAGCGGGGUCUCUGGUGCCAGGCGCGGUCACCUCACGGCACUAGUGUUGGCCCGUGGGGGAAGUAAAGGAAUUCCGCUCAAAAACAUAAAGUUACUGGCGGGGAAACCGCUCAUCGCCUGGGUCCUCACGGCCGCCAUCGACUCGCUGAGUUUUGAUAGUGUUUGGGUUUCAACUGAUAGUGAUGAAAUUGAGAACGUGGCAAAACAUUUUGGUGCACAGGUGCAUCGGAGAAGUGCAGACGUUUCUAAAGAUACCACAUCGUCCCUGGAAACCAUCCAAGAAUUUCUGCUCCAUCACCCGGAGGUUGAUAUCGUUGGUAAUAUACAAGCAACGUCGCCUUGUCUACACCCGUCUGACCUAAGGAAAGUGGUAGACAUGAUCCGUAAUGAAGCUUAUGAUUCUGUGUUUUCUGUUGUGCGACAUCAUCUGUUCCGAUGGAAAGAAGUGAGAAAGCCAGGGGAGACGACCGUGUCGGAGAACUUUAAUACUUCACGUAGACCACGUCGGCAGGACUGGAGGGGCGAGCUGUAUGAAAAUGGAUCGUUUUAUUUUGCCACACGAGAAAUCAUCACGCAAGGACUAUUGCAGUCUGGAAAAGUAGCGUAUUACGAGAUGAAACCGGAACACAGUGUGGAUAUUGAUAUUGAUCUUGAUUGGCCGAUUGCUGAACAAAGAGUAAAAAGGUUCGGUUAUUUUGGAAAAAGCAAUCCGAAGGUGGUGAAGCUGUUGGUGUGUAAUAUUGAUGGCUGUCUGACAGAUGGCAAAGUCUAUGUGAAUUAUGACCAUGAGCUAAUCUCCUACAGUCUCAGAGACUUGGACGGCAUAAAAUUGUUAAUAGAUAACAAUGUGGAGGUCCGUUUGAUCUCCAGAAGGAACAUCAGCUCUACGUUAAUCUCUUCUCUAAAUUUGCCGUGCAAGGUGGAGCCAAAUGUUUCCGACAAAAAGGAAAUUGUUGAAAAAUGGAUGGCGGAGAUGGGCUUGACCGAAUGGACCCAAGUAGCGUACAUGGGGUGCGACUAUUCUGACGUGGAGUGCUUGAAGCUCGCUGGUACUAGUGGGGUCCCGGCAGAUGCUAGUGUGCCGGCAAAAAUGACGGAUAAUUUUGUUUGUAAAUAUAAUGGGGGCAACGGUGCUAUCCAAGAAUUUGCUGAGCACAUAAUCACACUUAUAAAUGAGCCUGCAAGCUAAGUGUGAUAAACACUAAGCCGUCAGUUAUUUCCAUCAUAAAGACAUUUUGUGGGGCGGCAGUAACAUUUUUCUUUUUUUUUAAUAGCUUUAAAAUCGAUUGAUCUACAAUCAAAGGUAUCCCAUACCUGUUUAUUUUUUAAAUUCAUCUUUAGUAGGACUGAGACACUUUUUUAUCAAGUAGAAUCAUUAUACAAUGUUGGCAGAUGAAGUUAUUGACAUGGGAUCAGCUGCUCCUUGCUGGGAUCACGCCUGGGUCUGUGUUCACCUGUUAUUUUUUUAUUUAUAAUAUGCCUCUGUAUUAAAGAGACAGCGCAGUGCAAAGCCGGCUCUUUGCCUUUAGACAUAGAGGGUCUUUUCUAUAUUUUAAUGCUAAUUUAUGUUGACAUAGGACAGUAACUGUAAUUUUAUCAGAAUGAAACGCUGCAACAAAACCGGUAAGAUCCGCUUUAGCUGUCACCAGACCAAUCAUUUUUUCAUAUUACACUUUUUUGGUCACAAAGAAUGGGCCACAUUCUGUACAAUAUGUAACGUGGAUGACCUGAUGCUCUGAUUCGCUGCUGGAUACAUAGAAAUAAAGAUGCCCGGCCAGUUCCAGAGCCACAGGUUGUUUCGUAUGUGUCCUGUACGGGCUGCUGGGGUUUCCCUGGUUGUUCCUUAUGUGUCCUGUACAGGCUGCUGGAGAUUCCCUUGUUGUUCCGUAUGUGUCCUGUACGGCCUGCUGGAGAUUCCCUGGUUGUUCCGUAUGUGUCCUGUACGGGCUGCUGGAGAUUCCCUGGUUGUUCCGUAUGUGUCAUGUAUGGACUGCUGGAGAUUCCCUGGUGGUUCCGUAUGUGUCCUGUACAGACUGCUGGAGAUUCCCUGGUGGUUCCGUAUGUAUCCUGUACGGGCUGCUGGAGAUUCCCUGGUUGUUCCGUAUGUGUCCUGUACUGACUGCUGGAGAUUCCCUGGUUGUUCCGUAUGUGUCCUGUACGGACUGCUGGAGAUUCCCUGGUUUUUCCGUAUGUGUCCUGUACGGACUGCUGGAGAUUCCCUGGUGGUUCUGUGUGUGUCCUGUACGGACUGCUGGAGAUUCCCUGGUGGUUCUGUAUGUGUCCUGUACUGACUGCUGGAGAUUCCCUGGUGGUUCUGUAUGUGUCCUGUACGGACUGCUGGAGAUUCCCUGGUUUUUCCGUAUGUGUCCUGUAUGGACUGCUGGAGAUUCCCUGGUUUUUCCGUAUGUGUCCUGUACGGACUGCUGGAGAUUCCCUGGUGGUUCUGUGUGUGCACUGUACGGGCUGCUGCAGUUUCCCUGGUGGUUCUGUAUGUGUCCUGUACGGGCUGCUGGAGUUUCCCUGGUGGUUCUGUAUGUGUCCUGUACGGGCUGCUGGAGAUUCCCUGGUUGUUCCAUAUGUGCACUGUACAGGCUGCUGGAGUUUCCCUGGUGGUUCUGUAUGUGUCCUGUACGGGCUGCUGAAGAUCCCCUGGUUGUUCCAUAUGUGCACUGUACAGGCUGCUGGAGUUUCCCUGGUGGUUCUGUAUGUGUCCUGUACGGGCUGCUGGCGUUUCCCUGGUUUUUUGUUUUAUAUUUAUAUUAUUUUUUUCUCCAAAUGGAGAUAGUUUUUAGGUUUGUUUAUUUUUAAUAAGAAAAUCUGCUGCACCUACAAAUACUUUGUGCUGCAAAUGUUUUACCUCAAUACUUUUUUUCUUGAAUAUGUUUUUCCAUUUUUAUUUAGAACUAUUACUUGUUUUUUUCUUACAGUCUGUUAAAGUAAAUACAACCCUGCGCCAGUUUCAUCUGCUACUUGACAUCUUGCUGUUUCCCCUAAAGUAACUGUUUUCAGCAAAUACUUAGGCGGCAAAUAUGCACAUUGUAUAUUUUUAGUACUAUUUUAUUUUUUUAUUUUAAAGGUAGUUUACAAAUCAUCUUGUUUACAUUAUUAUGUCAUUUUGAGCUAAGUACCUUAGGUUUGUUGGGAAUUUAAUUGUGUAAAAAUAAUGAACUCGUUGCUCCACACUGUAAUAUGUCCCAGAAUGCCCAGUUUCCUAACUAAAUGAUACAUUUGCAAACUUGCUACUUUGUCAUAGGAAUUGUUGUAAUGUGAUUGGUCAGUACAUGUCUAGGGGUUGUUUUUACUGAUUAUUUUAUAUGAGGGAUCUCUGUUCAAUCAGUUUUAUUAAUGUGUUUAAUGUAGAAGCUUUUGUUUUUCUUUUAAUUAAAAAAAAAAGUCAUUUUAUAAUUUAACAACUUAUUAUGCUGAUGUUUAGUGCUGAAGGAAUGAAGCUGUAAAGUGUAAUUCUGCUUGAAGGUACAAAUGUAAUAAAUUUUAUUUAAUCUCUAGAACAAA